GACAAAUCCGUAUCACUUCAGUUUUAAUGUUUAAGACAUUUUACAGAGGUAAACUCCUUGUUGUUGUUUUUUAAACAUUUUAACAAUUAACAAUGAAAAAAAAAAUCCUCAAGCAAAAUUUUCUCAAUGACUGUCUUAUUUGUCUCCACAAAUAUGUCACUUAUUAUCAAACGUAUAAUUUGAAAUGUAUUUCUGAAGAAAGGAGUUCAUGUCCAGUUUGAUAAAUGAGGUCUAAUUUCAUAAAAUGUAAAUUAAUACAAAUAAUUAACAGACACAUGCACACAAAAAAGGUAACGAAUAUAAAAAAAGAAAGGAAAAACGUAUUUCCAUGACCCUGCAGGAAUAACUGCAUACAAUAUAUAAACAGUAAUGUUUCAGACUGUUUAUGCAAAGUGUUUUGUUAGAUUUUACCUAACAGAGAUGAGUCUUUUGGAUACCUGGCAACCUGACUCACUGGCUCAUGCAACAGCAGAGGGAACAGCAUAAGAACAACUCAUUAUAGGUCACAGGGAGGUUGCGCCUGUGUGUGUGUGUGUGUGUGUGUGUGUACAGUAUGAGUUUAUGAGGAACAGAUAAUAGCAGCUGACUUUAGACAUGGAUGGUGAGUGGAGGAGUAUAGCAGUGGCAUUGCUCUGUGCUGCCGGUGUGAGUGUUUUCCUGCUAAAAUGGAAGGAACAACAAAAGGUGAAGAGGAAACUACAGAGAGCCAGAGAGAAGAGAGAGAAGGAGAUCAAACAGGCGGAUACAGUUAUUAGGAGCUUUAAAACUCAGAACCCUGCUGCUGAUUUGAGCUCCAUCGUGACUCUCUCACUGGCUGAGCUGAGGCAGAGGAUCAGAGGAGGAUCUCUUCAGCCUGACACUGUUCUCCACGCCUAUAUGGAGAAGGCUUUGGAGGUGAACGAGAAACUGAACUGUUGCACUGCUGUUCUCACAGAGGGUCUGAAACAGCUUGAAGAUAUCGAGUCGCACAAAGACCGCCUUCUUUAUGGCAUUCCCAUCAGCAUUAAGGACAAUCUGGAUUAUCAGGGCCAUGACUCUACCUGUGGUGUGUUGACUAAGUUGGAUGAUCCUGCUGUUGAGGACAGUGUGGUGGUCUCUAUACUAAAGAAGCAAGGUGCAAUCCCCUUCGUCAAAACCAACAUCCCGCAGGGUCUCCUCAACUAUGAAUGUAGUAACCCCAUAUACGGAAGAACAGUGAAUCCAUUCAACCUCGAGAAGACAUGUGGUGGCUCUUCAGGAGGCGAGUGCGCUCUGAUCAGUGGAGGAGGAUCAAUUCUGGGUCUGGGAACCGAUAUCGGAGGCAGCAUCCGCAUCCCAGCGGCCUUCUGCGGCAUCUGUGGCCUAAAACCUACAAACAACAGGAUAAGUAUGCGUGGACUUUCUUCAUGUGUGAAAGGUGUAAAAACAGUCCUGUCGGGGGUUGGUCCCAUGGCCCGUGAUGUAGAGAGUCUGGCUCUGUGUAUGAGAGCUUUACUCUGCACAGAUAUGUUCACUCUUGACCCUACAGUUCCUCCAAUACCGUUCAACCAGCAGGUGUACGAGAGCUCGGAGCCCCUGAGGAUCGGUUACUAUGAGAACGAUGGAUACUCUCAGCCAUCUCCAAGCAUGAGCAGAGCUCUAUGGGAGACCAAAGCACUACUCGAAAAAGCAGGACACACGCUAAUUCCGUAUAAGCCUCCUCGCAUAUCCACCGCCUUCCAUGAUUUUGUUGUGGGGGGACACCUUGCAGAUGGAGCCGUCACCCUUUUUAAGCACUUUAAGAAAGGCCCUGUUGAUCCGUGUCUGCAGUAUCAGUUCUGGCAAUGGGGUCUUCCCAAAUUCAUGAAGAGGUUGAUAUCUUUGCUCCUCAGACCUAUUUAUCCACGUAUGGCUACAGUUAUACACGGCACCUGUGGUGUCAGUUCUCCUGCAGAUUUGUGGAAACAGCACAAAGAGGUCGAGGAUUAUAUCCAUGAGACGUUAACUGAGUGGAGGAAGCUGGAGCUGGAUGUUCUGCUCUGCCCCAUAAUGGGACCAGCCUACAACUUUAACUACACUGGAAAACUAGGCAGCGUUCUGACUUACACGGCUCUGUACAACGUGCUCAACUUCCCUGUUGGAGUCGUUCCUGUGACUGAGGUCACGGCCGAGGAUGAAGAUCAGCUGAAAGACUACAGAGGGAACUUUGGAGACAUCUGGGAUAAGACCUUUGUCAAGGCAGUACGAGGUGGUGUGGGUCUGCCUAUAGCAGUGCAGUGUGUGGCUUUGCCUUGGCAGGAAGAGAUGUGUUUACGCUUCAUGAAAGAAGUGGAAAAGCUCACAGCCAAGAGAAACAAACACGUCAACAUACUCCAAUAAACUCAUUGGCUGCAUGGCUACCAGUUUAGUUUUGUCCAGACGGCAGUAUGGUAUCAAUAUCUUUAAGAUUCAGACUCAGGUAUGGGCUUUGGCCAAGGUGUAAAAAUAGUUGUGUGCUAGGGAUUUAGAAAAUGAUCAAUAUGAAAUUGAUAAAAGGCAUUCAUUUCUAUUGUUAAAUUUUAUUUACAUUUUUCUGCAUUAAUGUACUGCAAAAAUUGAGCUCCUAAGAUUUAAUAUACCAGUCUGUGUGUGUGCUGGCUGAUCAAUCCACAUUGCAGAGACAUUGUGAUGAUUUGGUCCAAAAUCAAAAGAAACAAAUCAUAAAAGUAUAUGAAGCAUUUAGGGUGGAUUUAUUGCUCAAAAAUGCUUAUUGUUAAACCAUGCAUUUGCAUAGUCACCUGACAACAUCAUGAGUGUGUUUGUUCACAUACAGUCUUUGACUACAUGUGUUAUCAGAGGUUUCCAGUAGGGGGCACACCAGAGAUUUACUUUUCACAAAGUUUUGCAUGACCUAAACAAACAUGAUGACACUUGAGGAGUUAGGUAGUACUGAUUUCCCUCCAAAUGUUUAGACAAGCGUAUUUGUCACUUCAAAUGAUACAGGUGGGGAUAAUUGCUGACCUGGUCACACAAAUGUGUCUGCUGACUACAUUAACCCUACCUAUGUGUGCAUGUGACACCUCAUCUGCAGUGUUAAGUUCCUUAUCAUCAUACGUUAUAAGAAAAUCUAUUUUUAGUGUAUAAUAAAGUCCUAAUGCACCUACA